CAAACCUGCGACUUAGUCAUCGUGUUUCCAGUACCGUUACAAUAGGCGCGCGACCGGUCACAUCGACAUCUCUUCUGUCGAUCUACCUAGUAGCCGCUACGGAGCCGCUCUUCCGCUCCGUCCACUACACUACACUACGAGUAACUUACUCGACCGUAUCCGUACUCGUACUAUUCUACUAACUCCGACAUUCGACUCACUCUCUCAACAAUAUCACUCACUUUUGCUUUGAAGCAUGAGCACACCAUUCAGCACCGAUGAUUACUUUGCAACACAACGUCCUCCCCCAGGUCUGGAAGAGAAAGCGGCAAGGGUGGAUGAAUUUGUGAGACGAUGGGGUGAGGUAAAGGGUAAAAGGGUGGUUUUGGUCACUAGUGGAGGUACUACAGUUCCUCUGGAAUCUAACACCGUAAGGUUUCUUGAUAACUUUUCAGCUGGAACUAGAGGAGCAACAUCCGCUGAAUAUUUUCUUUCUUCAAAUUACGCUGUCAUAUUCUUACAUCGAUUACAUUCCUUGAGACCUUUUAGUAGACAUUAUUCUCAUUCCCUUAACCCAUUUUUGGAUCUAUUACAAAUUGUUCCUUCUUCACCUUCAAAAGAAUCACAAAUAAUAGUUCCCAAACAACACGUAACGAAACUCUUGCCAAUCUUACAAGCAUAUAACAAAGCUCAGUCCGAAGAGACUUUAUUGAGUAUAGAUUUUCAAACGAUUAAUGAAUAUCUUUGGUUAUUGAGACGGAUUUCUGCUAGUUUAUCACCUUUAGGAAGAAGAGGAAUGUUUUAUUUAGCUGCGGCUGUGUCAGAUUUCUUCUUACCAGAGGAGAAGAUGGCUGAACAUAAAAUCCAAUCAAGUCAAGGAACGUUAUCAUUAGAAAUGGAUCAAGUACCUAAAGUACUUAAACCUUUAGUACAAGAAUGGACACCGGAAGGUUAUAUUGUCAGUUUCAAACUCGAAACGGAUCAAUCUUUACUCGUACCUAAAUCCCGAGCGGCAUUAAGUCGAUAUGGUCAUCAAAUGGUAAUCGGUAACACACUAAAGAAACGGAAAUACGAAGUUGUUUUUGUUGAACGUUCUCCUUCUUCUCAUUCCAUUAUUCUACCCUCGUCAAAUACGCACGGAGCAGAAACCCCUCCUUUAUUACCUGAACAAGAAACGAAGGAAUUUCAAGAAACGUGGGUGAGAUUGGAAGAAAGAGAUGGGGAAUCUAUGCCUGGUUUUGGAGAAAUCGAAAUUGAGAGUCUUAUAGUUGCGGAAUUACAAAUUAGACAUGAUAGAUGGAUAAGGGCUGGAGUUGUUUGA